AUGUGGGGUGGCAGGUUGUGCGGCCACUCGGUACUACUAACUCUCUACAAAGGAGCCGUCGUCUACUAUUACAAGUAUUCUACGCUGCUUUUCUAUGGAAUAAGUGUGUCAAUGAUUGGAGAUGGAGGGGACGAUAUUUAUUUGAAUCCUAUCCACCGACUAACGCCCUACCUGAUUGGUGUCAUGUUUGGAUAUAUUCUUCAGGAAAUGAAGCCCCAACAUAGGAAAUUGUCUUGGGAGAAACAGCUGAUCGGUUGGAGUGGCUGUUUGGUGUGUCUGUACUAUGCUUACUUUGCAAUGGCGAAGGCAGCUAAGCGGGGAUACACGUACAGUGAGUCGGAGGCCGCUUUAUUCGGAAUGGCUCAGCCCCUGCUUUGGUGUCCAGCCAUAUGCUGGAUCAUUUAUGCCUGUCAAACCCAACAAGCUGGUGUGGUGAGCAAAAUGCUAGAAUGGAAAGGCUUUGUCAUUUUCAGCCGGAUAUCUUAUCCGUUUUAUUUGGUUCAGAUAAUGAUUAUAUUCUGGAGUGUAACUGACGUCAAGGCACCUCAGCAACGGUCACUCUUAUAUUUUAUUGAUCUCAAUGAAUUCGCAGGACUGAUUGUUUUAUCGGCCAUUUUCUCUUUAUUCUUCCUUCUGCCUUUGAAAGAUUUAUUCAACUCUGUUAAAGGAGCUAAAGCUACAAAGACUAUAAAAGUGAUGGAAGACACUCAAACAGCAGAGAAAAGCAAUUCCAGUCCAGUAGCAGAAGAAGAUAUAAAUCAUAACAAAAAAGGAGGUAAAAAUCAUUUACAAGAAAAGGACGAGAAUG